GCAGCUCGUCUCAAUUCAGAUAAGAGCAUAUUUCAUUAUGGAAGUACGGUGGACUGUUCCUUUAAGACUCUUUCGUGCUGUACUGAUACCAAUAAAAUUGUGACCAAACUCUCUAGCAGGCUGUGCGAUAAUACGGUCUCUCUGUACAGUUUUAUAAUGAAGAUCCUCUAACAAUAGACCUGCUUAUUUGUAGCUGUUCAUUAUGUUCUCCUAUUGGUGCCAUUUAGAUUAUCAUUGUAGCAGUGCUCAUGCUCUGAGCCAUGCUAGUUUAUGCGGAUAAAGCAUACUUUAUAUGACAAGUUUGCAGUCGUCAUCUUUUUUUUUUCUAUCAUGAUCCAUAUAUUUGAUUUGGUUGAGGUUUUACACCGGAUGCCCUUCCUGGCACAACCCUCCCCAACCUAUCCAGGCUUGGGAGUGGCACCAAGUAUGCGCUGGCAUGUACAACCCCAUUGCCUGGGUAUUUUAACUAACCUGCAUGUCUUUAAACUUUGGGAGGAUACUGGAGCACCCAGAGGAAACCCACACAAACACGGGGAGAACGUGCAAACUCAACACAGAAAGGCCCCCAUCGGUCAUGAGGUUCGAAUCUCGGAACCUUCUUGCUGUGAGGCAACAAUGCUAACCACUACGCCACCAUGCCGCCUUGCAGUUGCAGGUUGUUAAAGUUCUUUGGAUGCAAGUUAAGAAGACGUAGAAUUGCUGUGUCUGAAGACAAAGUUCAGGCAAGUAGCCGGAUCGAGCUGGGGGACGUCACCCCCCACAACAUUAAACAGCUGAAGCGUCUCAACCAAGUCAUCUUCCCGGUCAGUUACAACGACAAGUUCUACAAAGAUGUGCUGGAAGUAGGAGAGCUCGCUAAGCUAGCGUACUUCAAUGACAUUGCCGUGGGAGCCGUGUGCUGUCGGGUGGAUCACUCCCAGAACCAGAAGAGAUUGUAUAUCAUGACACUUGGUUGCCUCGCACCCUACCGCAGACUGGGCAUAGGAACAAAGAUGCUGAACCAUGUGCUGAACAUCUGUGAGAAGGAUGGCACGUUUGACAACAUUUACCUUCACGUGCAGAUCAGCAACGAGUCCGCAAUUGACUUCUACCAGAAGUUUGGUUUUGAGAUCAUUGAAACGAAAAAGAACUAUUACAAGAGGAUAGAGCCAGCAGACGCCCACGUUCUCCAGAAGAGCCUGCGGAGCCCAUGUGAGCCCCCAGCAGGAGACCUGCAGAAGGCUGAGUAGGAGCCUGAGCAUGCUGGAGAGAUGGAUCUUGGCCCGUAUUCACGAAGUGGAACUGUGACCGAUGCCCCAGGGCCUGUAGAUACACCACUUUUUUCGGAGGGCAAUUUAAAGAGAAAAACGAGUCCAUGACAAAUUGCUGAAUUUUUAUUUUUCAAAAAUGAAACUCAGUCCCCUUCAGUUUGCAUUUUUCCCCCUUUUUUUCUCCCUCCCCUCUCCCGUCCUCCUUUCCUCAUUUAGAGUUGAAAUUAGACGCAAGGGUUUUUUUCCAGGCAGAAUACAUAAGUGCUCCAAAAAGCUGCUUACUUGUUACAGAGUAGACACGGUGAAGGUUAACUUUGUAAGCAUACUGUUUGCGUUUUGUUUUAAAUCAUUAAUGGCAAGGGGACACGAUGUUGUUUGAUGAUGGUGAUAGACCUUAUAAAAAACCAGGACUGUUAUUUUUGGCGAGAGGUGAGUCUGCCUGGCAGCAUUGGACGUCACACAAUGGAUCGUCUCGGUGACCUCCGGAUCUCCCGUCACCUCGCCACCUGAGCCCGGGGACGCAGAUGUGUUCGAUUUUACAGGCAGAAUGCAGGGAAGGAGUAUUGUACGUGAUGCAGUAUCUCUUUAUGGUGCAAGGCUCGCCGAUAUGCCUCGCACAAGAUCAUCUCGCCCCCUCGAGCCGGUGCGAACAUGGUCAAACGGUUUGAGAGUGGGAAAUGUGGGUGUGGGAAUGUAGGAGUCGACUCCGCUCCAGUUUCCGAAUGUCUUUGCUUCUCUGCCCAUUAUUUAAAGUCCCCUUAAUUUUUUGUUAGUUUGUUUGUUUUGCAUAAUUGCUGGUUAGUUCAUGGCUUUUCCUGGGGUGCUGUUGGUGCUUCAGAUUGGAGAAAAGACUGUAAGUGCCAGUUAUGGAGAGGAGGUGUACUGUUGGUACAGUUACUCCAGAAUAUGAGACACUUUUAACGUAGCACGUGCCUUUUCUACACACAUUCCACGUGCAAGAAAUUGGUUUUAAUUUAUUUUGAGAUACAGUUUUCCAAGAACAGACUGAUUUCAGAAACGGGGGGGGGGGAGACACAACCACAACAUGAAAUACACUUUUAUUUGUUGAUUUAACAAACCACAUUUCUGUAAAUUCACACUGGCUGUAAGUGUUGACAUGGUUAAUUUAAUAGUCCCUGUGAUUAUCAAAUAUUGGGGUGUUGUAAAGGAAAAGUGCAACAGAUCAUUUUUCUUGAAUGGUUAAGUCCAGUCUGAAUUUUUGUCCUCCAUGUGACAACACAAAUUGCAUUUCACAAUGUUCCUAACUGCUCAUUGAUCUUAAUUUCAGCAGUCUCCUCUUUGGCACACUGGCAGCUAAAAACCUACCCACAACAUGUUGCUAUCAUUUUAGUGAUGUACGCACACGCCAAAAAAAAAAAAAUCUGUUUUUAAUGCACUGUGGGAUUGGUGUGGUUUGGUUAUAGAGGUUCCUUAUGCUGAACUUGGAUUUGCAGAUCAGACCCCAGGGGAAGCCUUGACACUGCAUGCCAAGAGGGAUGCGCCCUCUCCAUUGUAGUAAAAGCAUGUUUUCUUUCUUUCUUUCUUUGGAGAAUUUUGUCUUUUCUGGAGCUCUAUAUUGUAAAACUUUUAAAACUUCUAAAUAAAAUACUAUUUGCAUUA